CCCCCGCCCCGGGUGGCUACACAGAGGGGCGCCCACGUGCCCAGCCCUCCUUCUGCAGCGCGGCCGGCGGGCGCUCCUCUUCGCGGGACCAGCGAGGCGGCGGCCGCUGCUCCAGCGUCCCCCAGCCGCGGGCCCCCGACGCGCUGCAGCCGGCAGCCCACCGCCGCCUUCUUGGCGCGACCCCAACGCAGCCCCACAGGAGACUCUCUGAAGACCGGCAGGAAAGCAGUGAGCCCUUACAGGUCGCCUUCGUCAGACGUCAGAAUGAUUCCUUGCAGAGCCGCGCUGACCUUUGCCCGAUGUCUGAUCCGGAGAAAAAUCGUGACCCUGGACAAUCUAGAAGACACCAAAUUAUGCCGCUGCUUAUCCACCAUGGACCUCAUUGCCCUGGGCGUUGGAAGCACCCUUGGUGCCGGGGUUUAUGUCCUCGCUGGGGAGGUGGCCAAGGCAGACUCGGGCCCCAGCAUCGUGGUGUCCUUCCUCAUUGCUGCCCUGGCUUCAGUGAUGGCUGGCCUCUGCUAUGCCGAAUUUGGGGCCCGUGUUCCCAAGACGGGGUCUGCGUAUUUGUACACCUACGUGACUGUCGGAGAGCUGUGGGCCUUCAUCACUGGCUGGAAUCUCAUUUUAUCGUAUGUGAUAGGUACAUCAAGUGUUGCAAGAGCCUGGAGUGGCACCUUUGAUGAACUUCUUAGCAAACAGAUUGGUCAGUUUUUGAGGACAUACUUCAGAAUGAAUUACACCGGUCUUGCAGAAUAUCCCGAUUUUUUUGCUGUGUGCCUUAUAUUACUUCUAGCAGGUCUUUUGUCUUUUGGAGUAAAAGAGUCUGCUUGGGUGAAUAAAGUCUUCACAGCUGUUAAUAUUCUCGUCCUUCUGUUUGUGAUGGUUGCUGGGUUUGUGAAAGGAAAUGUGGCAAACUGGAAGAUCAGUGAAGAGUUUCUCAAAAAUAUAUCAGCAAGUGCCAGAGAGCCACCUUCUGAAAACGGAACAAGUAUCUAUGGGGCUGGUGGCUUUAUGCCUUAUGGCUUUACGGGAACGUUGGCUGGUGCUGCAACUUGCUUUUAUGCCUUUGUGGGAUUUGACUGCAUUGCAACAACUGGUGAAGAAGUUCGGAAUCCCCAGAAAGCUAUUCCCAUUGGAAUUGUGACGUCUUUGCUUGUUUGCUUUAUGGCCUAUUUUGGGGUCUCUGCAGCUUUAACACUUAUGAUGCCGUACUACCUCCUCGAUGAAAAAAGCCCCCUUCCUGUAGCGUUUGAAUAUGUGGGAUGGGGUCCUGCCAAGUAUGUCGUCGCAGCUGGUUCUCUCUGCGCCUUGUCAACAAGUCUUCUUGGAUCCAUUUUCCCAAUGCCUCGUGUAAUCUAUGCUAUGGCGGAGGAUGGGUUGCUUUUCAAAUGUCUAGCUCAAAUCAAUUCCAAAACGAAGACACCAAUAAUUGCUACUUUAUCAUCGGGUGCAGUGGCAGCUUUGAUGGCCUUUCUGUUUGACCUGAAGGCGCUUGUGGACAUGAUGUCCAUUGGCACACUCAUGGCCUACUCUCUGGUGGCAGCCUGUGUUCUCAUCCUCAGGUACCAGCCUGGCUUAUCUUACGACCAGCCCAAAUGUUCUCCCGAGAAAGAUGGUCUGGGAUCGUCUCCCAGGGUAACCUCGAAGAGUGAGUCCCAGGUCACCAUGCUGCAGAGACAGGGCUUCAGUGUGUGGACCGUCUUCUGCCCCACCCUUCUGCCGACACAGCAGUCAGCUUCUCUCGUGAGCUUUCUGGUAGGAUUCCUGGCUUUCCUCGUGUUGGGCCUGAGUGUCUUGACCACUUACGGAGUUCACGCCAUCACCAGGCUGGAGGCCUGGAGCCUCGCUCUCCUCGCGCUGUUUCUUGUUCUCUGCGUUGCCAUCGUUCUCACCAUCUGGAGGCAGCCCCAGAAUCAGCAAAAAGUAGCCUUCAUGGUUCCAUUCUUACCAUUUUUGCCAGCGUUCAGCAUCCUGGUGAACAUUUACUUGAUGGUCCAGUUAAGUGCAGACACUUGGGUCAGAUUCAGCAUUUGGAUGGCAAUUGGCUUCCUGAUUUACUUUUCUUAUGGCAUUAGACACAGCCUGGAGGGUCAUCUGAGAGAUGAAAACAAUGAAGAAGAUGCUUAUCCAGACAACGUUCAUGCAGCAACAGAAGAAAAAUCUGCCAUUCAAGCAAAUGACCAUCAACCAAGAAAUCUCAGUUCACCUUUCAUAUUCCAUGAAAAGACAAGUGAAUUCUAACACUUGCAGGAGCAGAGCUGGUCAUCGUCUUAGCAUACAUAUCCUACACUGAGUAAACCGUGACGGGAUGUCAUCAGCAUGCUGGGUUGUCAUGGGUUUGCUGCAUACAUAGUUCACCCUAAUUUAUACUUACUCGUCUGGACAGCAUCUCCUCAGAUGGUGGAUUAUGUGCCCGGGGAAACCUCCUGAGUGGAGGUUUCAUUCAUCAGUGAUGAAUAGCCCCCAAACAGUGGGAGUGUGUAUGUAUGUGUGUAUGUAUGUAUCUGUGUAUAUGCUUGGGAACAUGAGUGUUAAAAGUUAGCUGGUGUUUUACUAUUAUUGUGUUACAUUUUUCCAGUGUUGUCAUUAAUCGGUGGCAUAUACUGCACAUACUGAAAUAGAGGGAAAUCACUGAAUGUAAAGAGGUUUCGUCUAUGCCCCCUGCAGUUGGGGAAAUACUAGUAGCUUUACUUUAUUUGACUUCAUUAAUGUCAGUUUAGGGGAUGCCAAAAAUGCAGUUACUCAUCAUGGUGUCUAUCACUGGUUAGGGGUAAGAUGAGGGGAUAAGGAAAGAGACUUUUCAAUAAGUUGUGAAUGCCAACAGUGGGUUUAAUGCAAAUUUUUUUUCCUGUGAGGUAUGACAGUUUGCUCAAACUUCAGCCAAUAGGGGUGUCUGCUUCUGCUGCACUACACAGGCCAGGAGUGGCAUUCCAUGCCACUAGUUGGCAUCCUUUUGAACUUUUGUCUCCUUUGCAAACAGUGGUCCUAAAAUACGAGGUCUUCACUUGCUGUGAAUGACGUAUCCCCAGUCAGGGACUUAAGAGAGGCACUGUGAUAUAUUUGGGACCCUUUAAAUUAAAAAGUGAAGAUAGUCACCAUGGCCAGAAAGCUCAUGGAGUGGCCGUAAUGAGAAUAUGUUUGAAGAUCAAAGAGUUAGACCAAUGCUAGAAUAAGUAGACCCCAAGCUUCUUUUUCUAAAAAGUGACUUAAAAUAAGCCAACAGACUCUCCCAGACCACACAACUAGUGGAAUGAUUCCUCCUCUUUCCAUUACUUACUUAAUCACAGUUUAGUUUUUUUCUUAACCUCAUCAGGCCCAGAGUUCACUUCUUUGUUUCUCUGUUUCUUUUGUCUUGUCUUAGAGAUGAGGGGGCUACAGCAGCAUCAUGCAAAGAGGGAAAGAUGAAGGGAUAGAAGAAGAGAAAAUCCCCCUGUUCUGAUAUGAACGGCCUAUUCCAUUGUUAAAUGACACAUGGCCCAAUUUAAGGGCUUUGGAUCUAAUUUGCCUCUGAUGUUUCUUUUGGAAACAUUUAGGAAUAUUUUUCUCCCCCUACCCCAUAAAUUGUUUAGCACUUUUUAUUCCAUUUGCUUUCAAAUGACUACACUAAGCCUAAUAAUACAAGCUCCAGUGUUAUACAAUAACCCAUCAGUGAUUGCGGAAUCAAAUAUUUUGAUUUAAAAAACAUGAUUAUUUAAAACUGGAAACUAAAAAGAAUCAAAUUGAAUUAAAGCUAUAUAAACACAGUUAACCCUUGUAAAUGAGUAAAUAAAUUUUUACAUGUAAGAUUCUCUAAUUGUCAUAUUUUACUUUUUAGGAUUCCCUAAUAGUGGACUGUUUCUUUGCAGUGUGUUUUGCUUCUCAUGAACUAUUUCUCAUACAAAUCAUUAAAUAGUUCAUUGGAUGAGGCUGGGCGACAUUUCCCAGGACAGCAUGGUGAACAUUACCAGGCAUGCUAGCUGGCCCGUGUAAUCCCAAGACAAGGAAAACAUUCGUUUUCCUCAUGGGUCUUCCAAGAAAUGAGCUAUUUUAUUGAUGCCAUUAAAAAGCAAGUUGUGAUGGUUUUGUAUAGCCAGGAGUUUAUAGUGAUUAAACAUCAAAGAAACAGGUAGAAAGCCUGGGUUUCUGGCUGCUAGUGUUAUAGCAUCCAUGACACAGAACUCAUUACGGACAUUCCACAACUUCCAGGGUGCACAUGGUAAAAUCUGAAGCCCAGAAUUUUCUCUCAAGCUGCGUGGUUUACUGGAGAGGAGGAGUUGGAUAAGCACAGGCUCGGGUAUUUUGGUAGGGACCGUAGGCAUGCUCGUAAAUCCUUGCUGUUGUCACAGUACGCUGAAAACCCGUUUGAUUCUAUACCCAAUCUAGAAUAGACCCUUCACACAGGAAAUGUGAACAAUUGUUAUAUAUGAACACUCAAAUCUUUUACUGUAACGAAACCAAGAAACUUGUUUAGAAUGUGAUAGGCAGCUAAAACCGUUAUGCCCACUGUGCUCAAUUGGAAGCAGAAUUCAGUGAAAAAUUAUUUUUCCACAUUGAAACACUUUGCAGACACAAAUAUCUAUGAAAAGAUGCUUUGUCAGCCACUGUGCCUUUUUUUCUGUGAAGACUCAACGGAUGUGUGUGUUUGUAUGUAUGUUAACAGUUACAUAUGUUUGUAUGAGUGUAUAUAUAUCUGUGUGUGUGUAUCUCAAACGUCAGUGUAUAAGUAAGUUGGGUUUAUGGUGGGCUUUGACUGUGUCAUUAGGUGGGUACAAAACCCAACUGAUGUGGAGAAAAAUUGAUGUUUGAUGUUGAUAGAUAUGCUUAUACCUAAUUUUUAGUUUUUAAACUAUUUUAAAAUAUACUAUGAUUUUAUAUGUGUAUUUCCUAUAGACUCUUUAAGACGUAUUUAUAAUGUUUCUAAUAUGAAAUCACUAAACUCUAGUACAUUAUAGCAGGUGCUUUGUAAUCUGGAAUGGAGAAGAGGUAGGGGCAUUUGGGGAUUCCUGUUUACUUGCUGCUGCCACACCUUUUCCGACUGAUCUGUCCUGGUAGGUGUUUAUUAGCAAAAGUCAGUAUCACCAGCUCUUUGGCACCUUUCUGUUUCUGCUUGUGAAUUCAUAAUGUUUUCAACUAAAUUUUUUUUUACUUUCUCAGAAUUACCUAAAUGUUUUGUAGAGUUUUGACUAGUAAUCAAUCAAAAUUAUAUAAAGUCUUCUCCAGUAAUUAAGAAAUACAUAUGCAAAUUCUUUUGUGAUUGAGUAAAAGCAGCUUAAAUUACUUUUCUUUUCUACAUUAAGAAAUAUAUUCUCAACAUUUUCAGCGAGAAUUUCUUGUAAUGGCACCUCAAAUUUUAUACUCUUAAAAAAACACAAUAAUUUGUGAAUUACCACCAAAAGGCAAUGGCAGUCCUACAUUUAAGAAUAGAGCUAUGCAAACUCUGUUAAAAACUAUGAGGAAAACUUAUAUUAGAACUUUUGAUAUAUACUAAAAUACUGAUUAUCUUAAUCACAUUUUCCCCAGAGAUAAACAUUGAGAGAACGAAAGCCAAAGUGUCAUUUAAGAGAGAUAUAUAUGAAAAAGUAACAUUAAUAUAUAGAACUUUACCAUCACCAGCCAUAGUUGAUAGAAAAUAUUAGUUUCAGAAUUACCCUCCUUUAAAAAAUAAGAGACUGUUUGUUUUCUUUUAAUUUCUAUGAAUAAAAGAAAUUUUUAAAAACUUUAAAAUUUUAAAUAUUAGUCAAAAUACUUUUUAAGUCCUGAGUGCUUACAGGUAGUUGUUAAAAAAAUUUUAAGGCCAGGCAUGGUGGCUCGCUCACACCUAUAAUCCUAGGAUCUUGGGAGGUCGAGGCAAGCUGAUCGCUUGAGCCCAGGAGUUUAAGACCAGCCUGAGCAGCAUAGCAAGACCCUGUCUCUACAAAAAAAACAAAAAUUAGCUGGGCAUGGUGGCAUGCACAUGUAGUCACAGCUACUGGGGGUGCUGAGGUGGGAGGAUCGCCUGAGCCCAGGAGAGUGAGGCUGCAGUGAGCUGAGAUUACGCCACUGCACUCUAGCCUGGGCAACGGUGAGACCCUGCCUCAAAAAAAAUAAAAAUAAAAAUAAAACACUUUAAUUAGAAUCUAUUUUUACCUAUUUUCUAAAUUUAUUUAAAUGCUUAGCAGGAAUCAUAAGGAAAAGCCAUCGGCCUCCAAUACCCAUGAUGACAGAGGGAGCACUUGAGCCUUGCCUUCCCUCCUCUUAAAUCAGGGUGUGUUCUGAGAUUACAGAACAUCACACCUUGGCGUGAUGAAAUCAUGCCAAGAUUCUGACUCUCCCUUUCCGGUGAUACUGCUCAUGAUUUCUCCUAAUACGCUUCAAGCAACUGUUACCACGAAAAAUACAGUUUCCGCAGGGCUUUAAAGGAUUGAGUUUAGCAUGUAUAUCAUGGGUUAUUAAAGUUCACCUGAUUCGUGUGAAAUUAACUGUCCUUUUUGCUAGUGCCAAAACAGUGCCUUCUCUGCACACUUUACUUGUUUAUAAAGUUCUCCCACAUGUCCUUAAAUAUCAAGGGGGAAAGUAUGGAUAUUCGCGUAGCAAUAAUGCCAGCAAAGGUCAUUUUCAUUUUUUAGUCAUAUAGAUAUGAAAAUAAGUUCAUAUAGAUAUGAAAUUGCUUGACUUUAUUGUUUUGGGGAGAUUUUUUUUCCUUACAUGAUUAUAUUUAAACACUUUAAAAUAGCCUUCCGGUUUCUGGAUUUUGAGAAGCCUGAUCUGUUAUUGUUGUGGUUGUUGGUGUUUGUAAUAUUCAUUAUUGUUUGUAUAUACACGGUUUAGUCUUACUGAUUUCAAACGCAUUUUGUUAUUGCUCAACCCAACUGGUAACACUGUUUGCUGGGAGCAUUAUACUUAACUUUGAUUCACCAUGGUUGAUGCCACUGCCAUGAUCGCUGGGUCUUAAAGAGCUUUCCCUAGCCACUGACAGCCCCGUGGAGAUCAUAAUCAGGGCCCCAGGCUGGUUCCAGGAUCAGGCAGCCUAUAGAGCGUGAGCAUCUAUGUGUAGCUACCCUUGUUGGGUGGGCUCUUAGACUGAUGGGGUAGGAUAUGAAGUGAAAGACUUCAAAUGCAAGUAAGGUAGUUUGGGCUCCUUAAUUCCAAACAUCCCAUGAGUAUAUCAAGAUGAAUAAGGACCAAGGGACCUCUGUGACUCAUGGAAGGGCUGGCUGAUUCCUGAAGUAGCAUAGUGGGACCUGGUCUACAAUUUAUGCACAUGCACUGACAGCCUUGCUGUGCCACGUGUCUCACCAAGACCCAGUUGGGAAACAGCGUCAUAUUGCCAACAGGUUGGGUUUCUCUGGCCUACACCUGAUUAAUGGGCCCUUUAUCUUUGGUGUCCCCUAGGAGUGUCCAUUUGUUUUAUUGCUUUAUUUUGUUAUUGCAGUACUUAAAAUUGUUGUUAGGGCCCAAAACCCUACAGAAGUUCUAUGUCUGUAAAAACCAACAAAGGCAUUGGACUUGUGUGAAUGUACAGGGUUUUUUUAGUAGUAAUUUUAAAUUUAAAUGUUUUAAGUGAUCAUCAGUGUUCCUUUUUACUUAUAAAGUUGGAUUCUUUUUUAGAAUUUGUAAUAAAUAAAAACUGCUGCUUUACCACUGUAAAA